AUGGUUCAGUUUCUCAUCUGUCGUCAGACUCGAUCCCCAGCCGGCGCCGCCUACACAGCCCGGCCGAAGUGCAGCCGCGCCGCCCCCCGCCCCUCUGCCGCGCAGUGCGGUCCCGGCCGUCGGCCUGCUGCUGGGGGCGAGCUGGCAACGCCGCCCCGUGACGUCAGCGCCGGCUGCCGCUGCGGCUCUCUGCUGUGUGCGGCGCUCGCCCGGCUCAGUCCUGACAGAGAAGGCAGGCGGGCGGCAGCCAGGGGCGCAGAGGCGUCCGCUGGAGCACCCGAGAGAGAGACAGAAACAUUCGCAAUGGCAGCCGCCAAGGAGGUGCAAGAGGCUGCUGCUACGGGUGCUGGGGAAGGGGCCACGGUGACGCUGGUGGCCGGCGACACGCGGCUGGAGGCGCACAGGGCCGUCCUGGCAGGCGGGAGCCCCGUGUUCGCCGCCAUGCUCUGCCAGGACACGCCGGAGGCCAGCAGCAGUGUGGUCACAGUCCCCGGCGUGGAGGGCCCGGUGCUGCACCAGCUGCUCGCCUACAUGUACUCCCUCCGUGCUCCCGAGGUGCCCCGCAUGGCCCCACAGCUGCUGGCAGCUGCCGACAGGUACGGCGUGUGGGGGCUGAAGGUCCAGUGUGAGGAGGAGCUGGCCAGUCAGCUGUCAGCAGAGAACGCGGCGCGCACGGCGGUGCUGGCAGUGAGGCACUCCUGUCCCAGCCUCGCAGAGGUCGCUGUCGCCUUCAUAAAAGCCAACUCGCUGGUGUUUGCCACAGCGGGUUGGGCCGAUGCGGUCCUCAACCACCCUGAUGAGGUGGUCAAAGUGAGUCAGUUGCUCGGUGGGCCACUAACAGAAACCAGGAGCCUUCCUGGAAAGGAGAGUAGCCGAGGACUGAUCCAGGCAGCUAAGGAGGGGGCGGUGGAGGAGCUCAGGGUGCUUCUCGCGACAGGGGCGAAAGUGGGGGCGAGGGACGAGGACAUGUGGACUGCUCUGCACUGGGCAGCUGAGAGGGGACACCUGGAAGCAGUAACAUGUCUGUUGGAAGGUGGAGCAGAGGUGGAUGUCGGGGACAGCAGGCAGAACACGCCGCUGCACUGGGCUGCAUACCGCGGUCACGUGGCUGUGACACGGCGAUUGCUGGACUCCUCUGCUGACCCCGAUGCCAGGGAUAAGUAUGGGUGGACGCCGCUGCACUGUGCAGCAAGAUGUGGCCACACAAAGGUGGCGGCCGUGCUGCUCGAUGCAGGGGCUGACACUGGGGCCAGGGACGCACACGGGCACGAACCCUGGGUCAUCGCCAGGCAGAACGGCAAGCAGCAGCUCGUGGAGAUGCUAUCGUGAAGGAUUCAGUUCAACAAACAUCUCUGCAAUAAUGCUGAAAUGACUCUCUGCAUC